AUGGGGGAGACGGAGAACCACCAGCCACCGCCACCAGUACAAGCACCUCCGCCCGGACCACCACCGCCUAAUCUUGCACUUUCAAGGGGACCCACUUGGGCACCGGCCGAGCAACUCCAUCAGCUUGACUACUGCAUUCACUCAAAUCCUUCAUGGCCGGAGGCGGUUUUGCUGGCUUUCCAACACUACAUCGUGAUGCUUGGAACAACGGUUCUGAUUGCAACCAUCCUCGUACCUCAGAUGGGUGGGAAUCAUGGUGACAAAGCCCAUGUGAUUCAAACCUUGUUGUUUAUGUCUGGAUUGAACACACUGCUUCAGACCUUGAUCGGGUCAAGGCUUCCUACAGUGAUGCGUGGAUCUCUCGCUUUCACACUCCCCAUUAUGUCUAUCAUAAAUAAUUACACUGAUCGCAUAUUCGAAACUGAGCAUGAGAGGUUCACCUACACAAUUAGAACAAUCCAAGGGUCCCUCAUUGUUUCUUCUUUCAUCAACAUCUUCCUUGGAUAUAGUACAGCAUGGGGUAAUUUAACAAGGUACUUCAGUCCGUUAACCAUUGUACCAAUGGUUUGCGUGGUGGGUCUUGGUCUGUUCAUGAGGGGCUUCCCAAUGCUCGCAAAUUGCGUAGAGAUUGGACUCCCAAUGCUUAUUCUACUGGUCAUAACUCAGCAGUAUUUGAAGCGCAUUCAUGUUACCACAAAUCAUGUACUCGAGAGGUUUGCUUUACUUCUCUGCAUCGGCAUUAUCUGGGCUUUUGCUGCUGUCCUCACUGUGUCUGGUGCUUACUCCACUGCUAGAGUACGUACCCAAGAAAGUUGUCGAACAGAUCGCUCCUACCUCCUUUCUUCUGCUCCUUGGAUCAGAAUUCCUUAUCCAUUUCAGUGGGGUACUCCCAUAUUCAGAGCAAGCCAUGUCUUUGGGAUGAUGGGGGCUGCACUUGUCACCUCCGCAGAGUCUACAGGCAGUUUCUUCGCAGCAGCCAGGAUUUCUGGUGCGACACCCCCUCCUGCACAUGUGCUCAGCCGAAGUAUUGGGCUGCAGGGUAUUGGCAUGCUGCUCGAGGGAAUUUUUGGUGCUGUUGUUGGUUCUACUGCGUCUGUAGAGAAUGUUGGCCUGCUUGGACUAACUCAUAUAGGGAGUAGAAGAGUGGUGCAGAUUUCAUGCGGUUUCAUGAUAUUCUUCUCUAUUUUUGGAAAAUUUGGAGCCUUUUUUGCAUCAAUUCCUUUGCCAAUAUUUGCUGCUGUAUACUGUGUUUUAUUUGGCAUUGUCGCUGCUGUUGGGAUCUCAUUCACACAAUUUGUUAAUACCAACUCAAUGAGGAAUCUCUAUGUUCUGGGGCUGACCUUGUUUCUGGGGGUUUCCAUACCCCAAUAUUUUGUCACCAACACGGCACCAGAUGGUCACGGUCCAGUUAGGACAGAAGGUGGAUGGUUCAAUGACAUUUUGAACGCCAUAUUCUCAUCAUCCCCUGCUGUGGCAAUAAUUGUUGGAACACUUAUUGACAACACACUGGAGGCGAAACAUACAGCUAAUGAUAGGGGAGUGCCAUGGUGGGUGCCCUUCCAAAACAGGAAGGGAGAUGUUAGGAAUGACGAGUUUUACAGUCUUCCUCUAAGGAUAAAUGAAUAUAUGCCCACCAGAUUUCUUUAAGAUGCCACUUUUUGCGCUUUUGCUCGAGCCUUCAUGCAGAUCAACCUCGUAAAAUGCUGCCAUUUUGACACUCAAUCUUCGUUUCAAUUGCGUAAGUGGAUUCAAAUUCGAUAGCAAUGUACGUGCAUAGUUCAAUCAUGCAAUACCCUCGGUUUUGGAGUUGAGGAUUGUAU